UUGAACAUUCGAAUAUACUCUUAUUAUUGGUUAAAAUUUUAUUCUUAAAAUGUUAAAGUUAAAUGUUUAUUUAGACAUUCUGCACUAAUAUUUUUAUUGUAUUCUAAAUAUUAUGGCUUCUAAUGCAGUACCAAAUGUUGCUGUUGUGUUAUCUGGCUGUGGAGUUUAUGAUGGGUCUGAAGUUCAUGAAGCAUCAGCUGUGCUAGUUAACUUGAGUAGGAAUAAUGCAGAGUACAAAUGUUUUGCCCCUGAUAUUAAACAAAUGCAUGUAAUUAAUCAUUUAACUGGACAAGAAAUGAAAGAGGAAAGAAAUGUUCUUAUUGAAUCUGGCCGAAUAGCACGUGGGGAUGUACAGUCACUAGAGAAAUUAUCAGCCGAAAAUUUUGAUGCUGUAAUUUUUCCUGGAGGUUUUGGUGCUGCUAAAAAUCUAUGCAAUUUCGCUGUCAAAGGUACAGAUUUUAAUGUCAAUGAUCAAGUAGAAAGAGUUAUCAAAGAUUUUCAUACUUUUAAAAAACCAAUUGGGUUAUGUUGCAUAGCACCAGUUAUUGCAGCGAAGGUUAUUUCUUCAUGCGAAGUGACUGUUGGAAUGGAUGCAGAAGAUUCUAAAUGGCCCUAUGCUGAUACUGCUCAUGCGAUUGGUUCUAUAGGAGCUGCACACAUCAACAAAAAUGUCAAUGAAUGCCACGUAGAUAAAGUUAACAAAUUGGUGACGACACCAGCAUUUAUGUGUAAUGCUAAAAUCUAUGAAGUGCAUGAUGGCAUAGGGGAAAUGGUAAAAGCUGUGCUACAACUGAUUUAACAGCUUUUGAUCAUUUUGAAAUAAAAAUGUAUAUUUUUAAAAUUGUAAAACAGCUGAGUAAUGCGUAAAUCUUUAUUGUACCUAAUAUAAAAAUUACUAAUUUGUGUAUUUUAACAUCGUUAUGUUAUAAUAUAUCUUACCUGCUCCA